AUGUUUGCUGCCAUAGCAUCAGGAAAUCCAUUACAAAUGUCAGAAGAACUACCCAAUUCCAAUGGGCUUCAACAUACUGUCGUUUUAUCUUCUACGAAACCAAAAUCAUAUUCUCAUAUAACAUUAUUCAUCUUACCAAAUGUAACCUUUCCACAAGAAUACAUUGCUAACGUGUAUUUCAAAAUAAGCGCUACUGAAGACUUCAAAUUAUUUGGUUAUCUAGCCAGUGAAAAGCCAAGUGCAAUAUUCAAAGUCAAGUUACCUAAUAUGAUGGACUCUAGCAGUCAGGACGAUGGUCUAGGGGAAAUCGAUAUGGAUGAGGACUAUACCGGUCUCCCGUCUGAUGGGAGUAUAAAAAUGGAUAAUAGCGAUGGUAAUAACAUAUCACAAUUACUGAUAGGUAUAUCUAUUGAACCCAGAAAUGAAGGGAUGUUAAAAUUGCAAGAAAUAAGGAAUCAGAAUAAAGCUGCGACGUCAUCGUCUCUUGUGUUGGCAAAACCAAAUGUGAACUCGGUGCAAAUAACCACUGCUGGACAAUUGGCUAAAAUGUACCCAGUAUUGACACACGAUUUGGCAGCGAAGAUCGUUCAACAUGCAUAUAAUUAUCUUUCGGGGUUUUUAGAUUCAAAUGGGGAUGUUAAUAUCAAAAGAUUUGACACAUGGUGGGAUAAAUUCAGGAAAAGAUUAGCAAAUGACGGAACUUUUCUGGAUGAAGUGACGACAGAAUGA